AUUUUAUGAUUAUCAAAAUAAACAUUUAAAACUAUAUAUAUACAUGUAGCUUAUAUUUUAACAAUAUUAUUUGUAUAAAGAUUACAUUUGGUUAGUGUAGUUAAUAUAAAUACGCUAUAUCGCGUUUUUAGAGGUUAACGUGAGCGUGAUCGUAAAACUUGAAAAAUAUUUAUGAGCGAUUUGAAGUUUAGCGGGCAAGAUUAAAUGUCUUGAUAAAAUUAUUACUUAAGAGAUAAUAUUACGACACAAUUUAUCAAACGUUGUAACAUUACAUGAAAUUAAAAUCAGUACUAAAUAACGAUUUAACGGUAUAAGUGUAAUCAUCGUAUAAAUAUAUAUAACGAAUGAUAGAUUGAUCUUUGAUGAUAGUAUAAACAUUGUUAUUAUUAUAUAAUUAAUUAACAAAUUUUUAUUUGAAAUAAAUAAAAAAAUCAACUUAACAUCAAAUAAUAUAUUUUUUUUUUUUAUAUCUUGUUCUUACCUAAUAUAUCGUCAUUAGAAAAGGCCUAUAAAAAAAUUCUGAAAUCAAUAAAAUAAAUAUUAAUUAUGUCUUUUAAACAUUCAAUAAAUACUGGCAAUACUAUAUUGGAUGAAAAGAUCAAUGAAUGGUUACAAUGGAAUCAGGAUUCAAUAGCUGAAAAAGAAAUUGAGAAUAUUAUUAAUAAUGAUGAUGUCCAACUAUUAUCUAAUCUUUUUCUUAAAAGAUUAGAAUUUGGUACAGCUGGUCUUCGAGGUCGAAUGGGUCCAGGAUAUAGUCAAAUGAACGAUUUAGUAAUUGUACAAACAGGUCAAGGCCUGACAAAAUAUUUACUUAGCACUAUGCCUAAUUUAUUACAACAAGGUGUUAUAAUAGGAUAUGAUGGUCGUCAUAACAGUAAAAGAUUUGCAGAAUUGACAGCAGCUAUUUUUAUAGCAAAUAAUAUUAAAGUUUAUUUAUUUUCUAAAGUUUGUCCAACACCGUUUAUACCUUAUGGUGUAUUACAAUAUAAAUGUGCAGCUGGAAUUAUGAUAACUGCAUCUCAUAAUCCAAAAUAUGAUAAUGGUUAUAAAGUAUAUUGGGAAAACGGUGCACAAAUUGUAUCGCCUCGUGACAAAGAAAUUCAAAAAAAUAUAUUGGAAAAUUUGGAACCAUCUGAAUCAUCGUGGCAUAUAUCCAAAGUAUAUGAGUCUCCUUUAUAUAAAGAUCCUCUAAAUGAUAUCAUGCUAUCUUAUUUUGAAAGUAUUAAAGAAAAUGUUCUAUAUCCUGAAGUAAAUAAAAAUACUAUUCUAAAAUUUACUUAUACUGCUAUGCAUGGCGUUGGAAAUGAUUACAUGACUGCAGCAUUUAAUGCUGUAAAUGUUAAGCCAUUUAUAGCCGUUGAGGAACAAAAAUUACCAGAUCCAGAAUUUCCAACAGUUAAAUUUCCAAAUCCAGAAGAAGGAAAGAGUGCUCUUGAUUUAAGUAUCAAAACUGCGAAUCAACAUUCAUCAUCUAUUAUUCUUGCUAAUGAUCCAGAUGCCGAUCGUCUUGCUUGUGCAACAAAAACUAAAACCGGAGAAUGGUAUAUAUUUAAUGGCAAUGAAUUGGGUGCAUUACUGGCUUGGUGGAUGUUACAUAUAUACAAAGUACAAUAUCCAGAUGCUGAUAUUAGUAACGUUUAUAUGCUUUCAUCUACAGUUUCUAGUAAAAUUUUAGCUUCAAUGGCUAAAAAGGAAGGUUUCAAUUUUGAGGAAACUUUAACAGGAUUUAAAUGGAUGGGCAACAGAACCGUAGAAUUGAUAAAAGAUGGUAAAGAUGUUUUAUUUGCAUUUGAAGAAGCUAUUGGUUUUAUGUGUGGUUCUCUUGUACUGGAUAAAGAUGGUAUUAAUGCUGGUAUAUGUGUGGUUCAAAUGGCAACUUAUUUAGAAACUAUCGGGCUUUCGCUUUAUGAUAAAUUGGAAGAAAUAUACAACACGUAUGGAUGGCAUAUCUCACUAAUAUCUUAUUGGAUUUGUCACAAAUCAAACACAAUUAAAGCAAUAUUUGAACGUUUGAGAAACUACGAUGGAAAUCAAAAUACGAUAAACUGUAUAGCAAAAAUGUCAAAUAUGUGGACAGACAAAUCAGUGAAAAUUUGUCUCGUAUUUGUGACACUUCUGCCCUUUUUUCUUUUCGCUGUGCUUGCGAUGCCUGUUAUACAAUCUCUUUAUUGCCUUACACCAUUUUUUAAUGAAACUAUAGAUUAGACUCUAUUAUAAUAUCCAACGAGCAUUCUUGAUGGAAAAUAUUCUAUAAUUGGUAUUCGUGAUUUAACAACAGGUUAUGAUAAUACUAAACCAGGAAAUAAAGCUAUUUUACCUAUUUCCAAAUCCAGUCAAAUGAUUACGUUUACAUUUGAUAAUGGUUUAGUUACUACUUUAAGAACUAGCGGUACAGAGCCUAAAAUCAAAUAUUACUGCGAAUUAUGUGCAUCUCCCAAAGAGCA